CAUCAAUCCACGCGAUCGUCCAGCGAUGAGCGACGACAUGGAGCUGCUGCCGCGCACGCACUCGGACUUUGCCCGCAAGGAGUACUGGGACGAGUUCUUCACCAAGCGCCAGGAGAAGGCCUUCGAGUGGUACGGGCAGUACGCCCACAUGCGCCCCGUGCUCAAGACGCUCGUCAAGCCGUCGGACCGCAUCCUCGUCGUCGGCUGCGGUAACUCGGACCUGAGUCCUCUCUGGGCGCAGGACGGCUACAAGCACAUGACGUCCAUGGACUUUUCCGAGCUCGUCAUUGCCGAGAUGAAGCAGAAGCACCCCAAGAUGACGUGGGAUGUCAUGGACAUGACCAAGAUGACGUAUGCGAAUGGCAGCUUCGACUGCAUCAUGGACAAGGGCGCUCUCGAUGCGCUCAUGGCGACGGACGACGCGCCAGUGCUGGCGAGCGCGCUCGAGAUGUUCAAGGAGGUCGACCGCACGCUGGCCGUGAACGGCUCGUACAUUUGCGUGACGAUGGCCCAGGACUUUAUUAUCCAGCACCUCCUCACGACGUUCGCCGAGACAUUUCCCAACUACAAGAUCUCGGCCAUCGACGUCCCCAAGGAUGCCAAGAGCAACACGCCGUUCACGCCCUUCUUCAUCGUCUGCACCAAGCAAGCGGCGCCGAUCCCGAUGGCCAAGUACAACGGCAAGAUGUUUCACGACAGCGAUGCCAGCGCGCGCAAAGCGUGGCUCCUCCACGAGAUCGAAGCCACGCAGUGGUACUCCAUGUCGCAGCUCGAGCUCAAGAAGGUCCACGUCGGCCGGCAACGCGUCAUCGAGCUCAUGACGAGCGCGUCGACGGGUCUCAACACGACGCCGCGCUACUCGAUCCGCCUCGUCGACGUCCACGCGCAAGGCCCGAACGGCACGUGCGGCGUCUUCCUCGUGCCCCAGGGCCGCGAGCACGAGUACCUCUUUGCGACCGAGGAGGGCGCGAUGGAACUCGCGUCCGGCGCCGGCUUCUCGCGCUUCCUUAUCGUGAGCCUCGGCCGCACGCAUACGUUUGAGAGCUUGGAGGCGGUCCAGCUCGAGCUCAACCCCAAGAUCAUGGAGCUGAGCCCCGAGAGUCUUGGUCGCAACGAGAAGAUCCCGUACAUGACGGUGCAGGAGGGCCUUGGCCAGCGCCAGGUGGUGGCCCAAGGCACGUCGGCGCUCAGUGGCGACUACUUUAUCGAAGAGGUCGAGAGCCACCGCCGCCUCGUCUUUCUCAGCAACAGCAACACGAUCCAGACCGAGAUUUUGCUCUUGCCCGCGCUCACGGCCAAGCAGCUCAAGGCCAAGAAGAAGAAGGCGGCGUCGACCCGCGUCCGGUUUGACCCGACGUACCUCGGGUUUGAGUACCACAAGAGCAUGGCGGCGCUCCUCAAGACGCACACCGAGUUGCACCCGGUGGUGACGCAGAAGCACCGCAGUCUCCUUGUCGGUCUCGGCGGCGGCGCCCUCGCCAGCUACGUGCAGGCCACGAUGCCGUCUGUGGCACUGACCGCCGUCGAGCUCGACCCGACAAUCGUCGAGAUUGCGACCACGUAUUUUGGCCUGAUGACCAACAGCAACCUCCAAGUCAUCACGGACGACGGUUUGGCCGUCCUCGCUGCCGCCGCGCCCGCGUCCUACGACUCGAUCCUGAUCGAUGUCGAUGCCAAGACGGCCGACGAAAAGGCGGCUGGCAUCACGUGUCCGCCGCUGACGUUCUUGACGCCGUCGUCGCUUGCGGCGAUGCACGCGGCGCUUUGUGAGAACGGUGUGCUCCUUCUCAACGUCUCGUGCCGGUCCAGCGCCAUGUACAAGGACGUCUUGUCGCGCCUGCGCACCGCCUUUGGUGCGUCGCCGGUGCUGGAGCUUCGCGCGUCCGAACAAGAUGUCAACCGCAUCGUGGUCGUCUCCAAGGGCCAGGCGACGGACCUCGCGGCGUGGCGCAAGCCGCUGCUGAGCGCAAACUGCCCGAUGCUGCCGGGCUUUGACGAGGACGAGCUCGCGGACCUCCUCGGGCUCCUCGACGUGGCCGACGACGAGGCGUAAUACGAUCGAUGCACUGCUGCUGCUUGUUGCUUCUGGGAACAGCGCAGACAACCGA